AUGCGGCCACCACGCCUUCUGAUCGUUUGCUUCUGCCUAAUCUUCUUCCCCAUCUUCCUCACCCUCUUUUCCGCGCUUUCUUCACCUACGGUAGCGUCCCCGAAUACGCUCGCUGGUCGGACGUCCGGGUUGCACGCCCUAUUUUCCUUCAACAUUCCCUCCUCACUAUUCCCUCCGUCGGCGAUCAUCAGCCUCACCGAUGACAACUCGACCUUUUUCCUAGCCCGCCCUGCGGCAUUUGGCCCGCUUUUACCCGGCAAAGGUCUGAGCGGUCAGCUUUGGGUAGGAAGCGGCUUUGGUGAAGGCGGCCUGGCCGCUGGGGCAGAAGGGGAGCUGGGCUGCUCUGAUAUUCCUGGCUGGAGCGAGGGCAGCGGUCACAAGAACCAAGACUCGGCCCCCAGGGCCAGUGAACAGAAAUCCGGCACUGGUGCAGUGAGCGAUAUGCCCGUCUCACAGAACCGCGCCCGUCUACCAACACAAGCUGAGGCUACCCGGCAGUACGAUCGAGGUGAUGCCGCAGCUGCACCCUCGUUGAACGACGGCACCGACGAUCACUUGCACCAUCCGCUGACCGAUUCCGAUGUGUCAGAUACUGGAGCAGCUCAGAAGUACGGAGACUACGUCCAGACUAAAUCGACACACGCCGAUAUCCAGUCGCUACAGGAGACUGCCGAGAUCCAGGGCAAUGUUGUGUUACUGAGCCGUGGUGGCUGUGGCUUCCUUGAGAAGGUCAAGUGGGCCCAACGUCGUGGAGCUAUUGCAGUGAUUGUCGGCGAUGAUACCCGAGGCGGCAACUUGGUUACCAUGUAUGCGCGGGGUGAUACUUCCAAUGUCACCAUUCCAGCCCUGUUCACUUCCCACACCACUGCACACCUUCUGUCGUCGCUAGUUCCUGCGCACUCCGGAGCAACCACUUUUGGCGAGGCCUUGAAAGCCUUACAGGCCAAGGUCUCUGGCCAAGCCAACGUGGAUGCUCAAAACCCGGCGAAAGUUACAACUACCCUGGCGACGACAGUGCCAACUUCAACACCCUCUUCUACGGCCAAGGCGCAGCCUGCUAUUGCUUCAAAGUCCGGUGGUGGAUUCUUCCGUACUCUCGGGUCGCUCUUUGGCUUAUGCAGCAAGCAUGGAAGCUCAGGGCACCAAGAGGACAGUCGUCGCCCUCCGAGCAGCGGCAACAUCGAUUGGUUAACCCUGGGCUCCUGGGAGAAAACCGAGUCUCGAUCGGGAUCCUCCAAAGACUCUACAGAUCCCAAUCGUCGCAGCCGUGACAAAGUUGAUGAUAAUUUGAACUAUCAGAAACUCGAGCUGUCAUCCGAGGAUGAUAUCGGUGGUGAUGAUUUUGUCAUCGGUGUACAGGACUGGAGAGACCCUGACUUGAUGCCGCCAAGGAGCAGCACGCUCCCCACACCGAGUACCUCGGUGAGUGGUAGGGAUAGUGCAAAGACGUCUGCCCCGGAUACAGACAUGGCAUCCACAUCCAAUCUGCUUCGUGGUGGCAGCAUCACUCCAGGAAGUGGUGAAUACCAAAGCAUUGACAAGUCCACUGGUAAUGUUGGUGACGCUCAUUCGAAGGGUUUUGAGAAGGACUCCAACACUGGAAAUGCAGGGUCCGAUCCCUCUGGCAAGGGCUGGUUCUCAAGCCACUUUGGCUGGAGUGAUGAUCUGACGCAGCCUGCCCAGCCUUCUUCUUUGGCAUCUACUCACAGCGCUACAUCAAACCAAAAGACGCAAGAUCCAGCUCAUUCAUCAAGCCGCCCAGCCACCAUGUUGUUAGAGCACGAAGGUCUUUGGGUCACGUUGACACCUACAAGCAUGUCAACAAGCCCAUUCUUCGAUACUCUUCUGGUUUUGGUCAUCAGUCCGUUGUUGACAUUGACUGUGGUCUAUGCCUUGCUGUUACUGCGAUCUCGGAUUCGACGUCGUCGGUGGCGCGCACCGAAGUCAGUCGUUGAGCGUCUCCCUGUCCGAACGUACCACACUAUUGCUAGUACUUCCUCAUCAUCCAGCUCCAGCUCUGCAGGACCCUCCAGCCCGGGACCUGUCUCGCCAACUUCCCCACUUCUUGGCAAUGAAAGCCGGUCGAAUUAUUCUCGGCCGAACCGAUCGCGCUCUCAAACGAUUGCUGGUAUUUUCACUGAUUCCUCUAUGCUGCCCAAGGAAGAGAAGUCGACGAGUCCGCAGUCUGGCUCAACACUCUGGAGACGCAAGUACACUGGAAGACAAGUCGAAUGUGUCGUCUGCCUGGAGGAAUAUGUCGAUGGAGAAAGCCGGGUUAUGAGCUUGCCAUGUGGCCAUGAAUUUCAUGCGGAAUGCAUUACACCUUGGCUUACGACUCGCCGACGAACCUGCCCGAUCUGUAAGGGCGACGUUGUUCGCUCGAUGGCUCAUUGUCAACCUGGCGAUGCUCGCGAGCAUUCCCCCGACCUCCAGCCACAGGAAGCAUACCACCGAUCUGACACAUCUUCUGUACCCGUUUUGAUUGCCGGCGUCGACGAUGACGAUACCUCGGAUACUGAACAGAGCGUUGGACUUGUCUCUACCCACUCGAGCUCUGCCCCGCAAUCAAGCUGGCGCAAUCUCGCUUCUCUCAGCUUCUCUGCACUCAGCGGUGAUACCAUCUGGCACCAGGCCCGUGCGGACCGGAACAACCGCUAA